GACGACGACGAGGACGACGACUUCCUCGCCUCCUCCUUCGAGCCGGCGGCGAAGCAGGCGUCCCAGGCCAGAUCCUCGCCCAAGGCGAGCCCGGCCUCCAGGCCGCAGCGCUCGCCGGCGUCCCAGGCGCAGCGCUCGCCCGCCUCCAGGCCCUCCGAGCCCCGCGACUUUGGCAAGAGCUGGAGGGACGAG